GCGACUCUUUCUUUCAAUGUAAAAUCCGCGGUGGACGCAAUCGGUGUUUCAAUUAUUGCUCGCGUGUGCCUCCGUAUCACAAACACGUUACGUUGGUCGGUUGCGGUAAAUAAGUGCAACAAAACUGUUCGACAAGUGAAUGUAGUAAAAGGUGCAACAAUAAAACAGAAAACAGAAUAAGAUGAUUCGUCUUCUGAUUAUUCUGUCGUGUCUUCACAUUGCCUUCGCUGAAAUUCCAAGUAAUGCACAUUUCUGUUGUGGAGAUAGCAAUGUAUUAAUCAAUAGAAAAUGCGCGAAUGGCAAAGACAUGGAUCUGACAUGCACACCUAGAGUAAUGCUGGAUCCUGACGCUGAUAAUGAUGAACAGCUUGUGUUUAGCGACGAUGGUUUAUUGCAAUACCCUACGCAAAUUUUGCAUUUUCUUGAAAAAUCAGAUUACUGUGUUUCAAAAUUAGAAGCGGAAAAUGGCAGCGAAGUAGCCAUCAUAUGCUACGAUGCCGCUGUCUGGCCAAAUGACGAGAAAUUUUAUUUGUUGCGAGCGUCAUGUGGUAUAAUAUCCGUUGUUUUCUUAGUGGCCACUCUAAGCGUAUAUUGUUUAGUACCCAGUUUGAGAGAUUUGCAGGGAAAAUGUAUAAUGCACAACAUCGGCGCGCUCGCCAUAGCAAUGUUGAACUUAAGCAUUGUUCAACUGAUCGACGUCGACGAAGACUGGUGUUUGUUUUGUGCGUUUUUCAGUUACUUCACGUUCAUGACGGCGUUCUUCUGGCUCAACGUCACCUCAUUUCAUAUUUGGAAAACCGUCGUACAUCCAAACAUUGCUGGAUCUGAUAACCAAUGGUAUUUCGGUUAUUUAAUCUACGGACAUGGUAUGCCACUUAUAUUCCUGAUAAUGUUGCUUUUCGCGCAUUAUUUCCCUGGAAGUCACUUGAACCCGAGACUGGGAGUUACUACGUGCUGGUUUGCAGGCUUGACUGAAACCUGGGCGUAUUUUUAUGGGCCCGUCGCAAUUUUACUACUUCUCAAUAUCAUCAUGUUUGUUUGGUGCGUGUCCAAACUAUGGAUCGAACGAAAAACUAUGGACGACCUCAAAACUAAAUCACUCAAAUACAAGGUUCGGCUGUAUAUCAAACUAUUUGUGAUAAUGGGAAUAAUGUGGAUAUUCGAAGUCAUCUCAUCCGUUUUGGACCAUGUGCACGCAAUUUUGGACUACGUAUGGAUCGUGACUGAUUAUGUCAAUGUUUUGCAAGGCGCAUUGAUAUUCUUCCUGCUGGUCGUGUUGCGAAAGCGAGCGCUGCGCGGUUUAUCGAGUCGCGGAAUCUGCUGUAUGACGUUCCCGAGUACGUGGAAGAACUUCAAUGACGAGGAAGAAGCUGCUGAUGACGAUGGCGAGCAACCCAACACUAACGGUCAAGCGUAAACAACACCUAAAUGGCUGCAAAAACACAUACAUUCGAUGGUAUCUACAAAGUAGAGACGCAAUUCAAAUUUAAUAACAUAAACAGACAGACAUUCAUAUGUUGUAUGCAAAGCGAGUCAUGUUUUCAAAACGCAAUCAUUGCAAUUUUUCAUCGUAAUGUUAUUAAUCUUAUUAAUUGAUGGCACGCAAUUUGCUUUAAUUUGAACGAUGUGUCGAGCAUGUGCCAUAUUAUGAAUCUCAAACAUAAUUGUACUUACACAUUAAUGUUUUACCAUUUUUAUCGUGCUACAUGUAUAUAUAAUAGAAUUAGUAUUUUCGCAAAUUGUUAGCGUGUAAACAUAGUCAUAAAACAUGUAAUAAAUCCAGUGCGUAAUUCAUAAA